AUGGAGGGGAAGCAAGUGAUGUAUGAAAGUAAUGAAAAAGCAGAAGCAAGUGGUGGUGUUCUGCAUAGUAAGAAUGGGAACAUCAGCCAAAAGGAACACAAGAUUAUUCUUCAAAUGAGAGCUUUAGUUGAAAAGCAUGAUUCUACCACCAAGGAGUGUGACGAUGCAACAAUGAGACGGUUUCUUAGAGCUCGUGAUUUGGACAUCGAUGAAGCUAGUUAUAUGUUUCUAAGGUACCUAAGAUGGCGAAAAACAUUCCUUCCAAAUGGUUCGAUUUCUAUUUCAGAGAUCCCAAAUGAUAUAGCGCAAAACAAGAUGUUCAUGCAAGGAACGGAUAAAAGUGGACGCCCAAUAACGGUCGUGUUUGGCGGUAGACAUUACCGCAACAAAACCGGAGGUCUAGAAGAGUUCAAACGCUUUGUGGUCUUUGGACUUGAAAAAAUAUGUUCAAGGAUGACACGAGGCCAGGAAAAGUUUGUGUCCAUCAAUGAUCUUCAAGGAUGGGGAUAUUCAAACUGCGAUAUACAAGGAUAUCAUGCCUCACUCUUAAUUUUACAGGAAUAUUAUCCAGAAAGGCUUGAAAAACUAUUUGUUGUGCAUGCACCUUAUGUAUUUAUGGCAAUAUGGAAGCUUAUUAGCCCAUUCAUUGAUGAAGAAACAAAGAAAAAGAUCGUGUUCGUUGAAAAUAAGAAGGUGAAAUCUACACUGCUGAAAGAGAUCGACGAGAGCCAGCUUCCAGAAAUUUAUGGCGGAAAACUGAAAUUGGUUCCUAUCCAAGACAGUUASAUUGGUCAUAUUUGUUCAAAUCCUCCUAAUGACUGUUAG